CAUUUUGAAGAGCAUGUGCUUUAGGAAGAUGAGACUGUUAAAGGCCUGCUGCAUCAGCUGUUUUGUGACUGUGAUAGCCUUGACUGUGCUGCAAAGAAGCAACAGAACUAGCCAGGAGUUACAGAAUAUCUCCCAAAGAUCCAGUUUUACAGAGGAUGAAUUGGUUUCUACUUUUCUGAAUUACUUCACUCCCAAGGGAAACUUUUGGAGUCCUCAAAAAUCAGAGAUUGCUACCACUGAGACACCAAUGGUAACAGAAGCAAGGGGAAAGACCAAACAAUGGGAUGUGACUAGUGUCAACUGCACUCCCAACAACAACUUCACUCAUACUGAAUGGUUCAAAGGCUUGGGGUCAAAUUUCAAACAGUUCUUACAAUAUAGACACUGUAGGUAUUUUCCAAUGAUUCUUAACCAUCCUGAGAAAUGCAGUGAUGAUAUCUACCUCUUGUUAGUCGUUAAAUCCAUCAUAACUCAGUAUGAGCGCAGGGAGGCCAUUAGGAAAACAUGGGGCAAUAAAAUGGUGAUGGAUGGGAAGCAAGUAAAAAUCUUAUUCCUUUUAGGGACUUCGUCCAAUGAAAAUGAGAGGCCUCACCACCAAAGACUGUUGGAAUAUGAGGAUAUUAUUUAUGGGGAUAUACUUCAGUGGGACUUCAUGGACACUUUUUUCAAUCUCACCUUGAAAGAGGUUAACUUUCUCAAAUGGUUUUCUACAUAUUGUGAGACCGUGGAGUAUAUUUUUAAAGGUGAUGAUGAUGUGUUUGUCAGCACAGAGAAUAUUCUUGAAUUUCUUAAUAUACCAAAAAUUACUGAUCUUUUUGUUGGCGAUGUUCUGUAUAAGGCAAAACCAAUUCGCAAAAAGGAAAAUAAAUAUUAUAUUCCAGAAGCUUUGUACAAUAAGACGUAUUACCCACCUUAUGCAGGGGGUGGUGGAUUUCUGAUGGCUGGAUCACUUGCAAGAAGAUUGUACAAAGUUUCUGAAAACCUAGAGUUGUACCCGAUUGAUGAUGUUUUCCUGGGGAUGUGCCUCGAAGUGCUCAGCAUAAGUCCCAUUAAUCAUGGAGGCUUUAAGACCUUUGGCAUUGUGAAAAACAAAAACAGUAAGAUGAAUAAAGAGCCUUGCUUUUAUAAAAGCAUAAUGGUGGUACACAAACUGCUUCCAGCAGAACUUCUAGAAAUGUGGAAAACUGUUCACAGCAAAAUUAAUUGUUCCAGAAAAAUAAAAGUUUCUGUAGGUUCUUUUCCAAAACCACCCCAAACUUCAUAUAAUUUUUAAUGGGCAAGCAAGAUUCUGUUGAAUGCAAGACCCUGACGUUUCCUCCUUUUUGAAAGAAACUGGACACUUAUUUCCAUUUAGCCAUCUCAAUUUUCACACUCUCCUAUUUAAUUUUUGGUUCUAUACAAUGGAAAUAAUAGUUCCUAAAUACUUGUGUAUCUGUUGUUCAAUAGUUUCACUUGAAGGGCUACCAGAUUAUUUAAUCAAACAUUUUCAUUGAAAUAUAUUUUUAUUAAAAUUUGUUAGCCUCUUGUGUAAGUGAAACCAACUUGAGGUUGGUUUGAUGGAGUAGCCAUGCAUCUUAAUGCAAACAAGUUUUCUGUAACAAUGUAACUGCAGUUUUCAUUUGAUUUUGAGAAGGGGACUGAAGUGUAAAUCGCUAUUGAAGUUUCAAUAUUUGAAGAACUGCCCUGAGAAAUCCAUACCUGUUCUAUGUAAUUUUUGUCUUAUGGCUUCAACACCUAUUCUGUAUUGGGGACAGGGGUAAGUGGAAAGGAUGGUGCAUAAUAGUUCAGCUGUGAUCUUGCAGCUCGUAGUCAGUAUUACAUAUUUUUAAAAUAUUACUUCUUUAAUUUCUGGAGCUGGAGGGAAGCACUUUCUCCUGCAAAAAUGGGCAUACGCCCAGGUAUGGUAAAAAUUGUGAUUUAGACUGUGAAAUUCUGUUUUUUUUGGAUUUGGCUGCACCUUGUGUGUGAAAGGUCAUUAAGGACUUUUUUGAUGCUCUUCUGGAAACCUUUCAGCUAUUAAAAGGUCUUUAUGGAAUGCAUGACAAUGGGGGGGGACUUUGUAAGUCUUUUUAAAAGGCCGUUUAAUGAUUCCCAACCUUUACUUAUUUCUUGUAAUAGUCCAGGACAGGAUUAAUGACUUUAUCAGAGUGGCUUCAAUGGGAGCUGAAGGAAUUAAAGAAUAAUACUUUCCACAAUAUGGACUUAUGGUGGAUUCUUCUGUACCCUGAAAAAGUGGAUUGGACAGUGUUGGAGUAUCUACAUCUGGACUAUUCAAGUGUCCUAUGAAAUUGUCCAGACUGUGGACCUGCCUGUGGAAUUUGGACUAAGCCUUGGACAAGCACAAGUGAGUUUCCAUAUCAUUGCAUAUGCAGUUUUAUUGGAAACUUCCAGACCUCUGACUCUUAUCACAAAUCAUCUAGUUUUUUACAGAAUUUACAAAUAUUGAAUUCUGUCUGGCAUACCUUUUUCCAUUCCACCAUCUUACCUAUGUCGUCAUGCAGUUUCAUUUUGUACUUUAUUUAUUAAGCUACCCACUUUUAAAUAUUCUGUUCAAGUAUGGACUGAAUUCCUUUUAGCCCUAUAUCCAAGUCAGUAGUGCACACUGAACCCAAUUAAUCCCUGGACUACAUUGCUAUCCACCUGUUUGGAAAAGUUGCUCUAAACGUCUCCUUUCUCGUUUCCCAUUUCCUCCCUUUUUUUUUUUUGAAAAGAAAUGGCCAUUUCAAAAAAAAAUCAUUACUCUAUCUCUCAAUUUCUUAUCCUUUUGCUCUUCUCCAAUAGGUUUUUGGUACCUUGUUGAGGACUUGCUGAAAAUCCAUGUGCUGAAUUUCCCUGUUGACCAUAAUGCAUCCUCAAAGAUUUAGUGUUAUCUUGAUCUUAUCUGCCUAGUUCAGUCUUGUUUAUAUUGAGGGACUGAUGUUGUAGAAAUGGAACAGCACAAAAGGACUGUACACCAAAUACUUCUCCAUUCACACUUGGAUUUUGUACCAACCUUUUAAUUGCCCUGCAGCUGUAUGCUGACAGUGUGGUUCUAUCUCUGUUUUGGUGAAAACUAUAUCCAGCAAGACUUGUCCUAUUUGCCCUGUUGUACUGCUAACAAUGCCAGAGUUAUCACCAUUACAAGGCUGCGAGGGAAAUGCAGUACUGGAGCAAGUUUAAGUAUAUGCUCCAAAGCCGCAGUGCAGAUUUGGUUGUGCCUGAGCAGUGGUAGCUCAGCAGCUGACUGCUUUGCUUUUUUUUUGGCACCAGGAGAAGUAGUUUUAUUCUUGGAUGCAUGUUAUCCCUCAAAUAUUGCAGGAUUUUUACUUAGCAGUUUUCAGCAGUCAUUUUAAGGUUUGCUGCCUAGACUGUCUGCUGCCUAAUACAAUAAGGUGGCUGUGGCAUAUGGUGCAUAAUCAGCAGCAAUGUCCCAUAAAAUAGGUCAGUAUUUAAUGCUGACUUACAGGCCCAUCUAAAAAUCACUGCGGUAGGGUGAUUGUCCUGAGGUAACUGCUGCUGCCUUUGUUAAACCACCAGACAACUUAAACAGAGUAGCUGAACUAUUGAAAAUUGACCCCAUUAUACCCAUACUUUGGAUGCAGUCAGACAGCUGAAGAGAUUGUAAUGUUGCAAAGGAGUAAAAAGCCGAUGAGAAAUUGGAAUGAAGUUUAAGUAGCUUUCAAAAGAAAAUGAAGCUAGAAGUUUAAUAGGCUCAGGGAAGAGGAUUAUGUUGUUCUUUGAAUAGUUAAUAUCUCAGUUAUAUAAAUAUCUGCAUCAGAAAUUUGGGAGUAGUACUUUACUGUCCAUCUCUGGCUGUGCCUUUUCUAUAAUAAGGAAGAAAAAGUAUGGAAGACUUUUGUUUAUUACCAAAGACUGCGAGAAUAUGCAGAACAUUUUUGGGUCAAUUAUUAUGAACGUCAACGACCUAGAAUAAAGGUACAAUCUUAACUAGUUAAACAAUAUGAAAAUAUUAAAGAAAUAACAGGUGGUACUGUAGUUUAUAGAAAUUACUUUAAAUUCAGUAACGUUUAAUUCCAAUGGCUGUGUAAUAUGCUGUAAGCAACAACUUCAGCAUGGUACUGUACAAAAUGUUUAGGGAAAGCCCUCCUGUAUAUAAACUAUGCUUGUCCUGCCUUGUCUAUAGUUUUGCUUGGAAUAUUUCAUGACCUUUAAUUUUCCAUUAGAUGGGAAAGCGCUUCUAUGUUCUGAGAAGAUAGAUUCAUGUCUGUUCGUGAAGAUUUAUGAAAUUGUAGCUAGAUGUUUGGGAAGAAUGAUAGUCUUUGAGUGAUCAUGAUUAAUGAGGGAACUUACAUGAAUUUCCCACAUAGACUUUAAACCACCUUCUCAAAACAAAAAAAACUGUUCAAAAAUUUUAUUAACAACUUCUGACUUAUCGUUUUUGAUUUCUAGUUUAGUGAACUUCACUGCUUUUCAUUCUCCCCUUCACCAGCUAGAAAAUUUUAGCUAUUGGUAGUGAUAUUCUGAAGCUGAAAAUUGCACUGAAAAUAUGUAGACACUUUAGAAGUGUGGCCCUGAACUGAAGCAUGACAGGCAAAAUGUGGUGUGGGAGCACCAAAGAUACAUGGAAUUACUCUGCUACGUGAAGCUCUGAGUUUUCUUCCUAACUCCCAUCAUACUCCCUUGAAGGUCACUGCAUUAGUAUGAGAGGUUUCAAUGUCACGUGGUCAUAAAAGCAAUACUGUCUGGUUCUGGCUCUGAAGCAAGAGCAAGACUUUGCAGUUUUACGGAUUCAACAGAAUUUGUCCACCCCACACGUUCCUUUUUUAUAACCGUUUAAUUUAAGCAGUUGAGCUGGCAUGUUGUGGGGCUCCAGGUCUGAACCCAAACUUUGACUGCACACUGGAGCCUAUUCGUGGCAGGGACUGACAAAGUUCCUAGCCUUCAAAUCUUCUAUCCCAACCUACUCUCUAAUGUCACCAGUGAGGCUUGAGAAGGGUGGGAGCAGGUCCCAAACGAAGCUGGACUUACCAUUCUGGGCUCCCAGAUAGUUUUGCCCCAUCCCCUCUGCACUUCCAGCUGAUGUAACUUGAACAUCAAUUCCAUUCUGUUUUAAGGAAGGACUGAACUUGCUUUCAAUGACUUGGAGACUCGGUUUCUGAAAGCAAUCGUUCAUUCCUUUGCUCUGAUCUCUGUCUAUUCCAUCAUAACAUUUUUGGACUUAGUGCAAAAAUGUUAUAGUGUUACAGUUCUAUUUGUGUGAAUGAUGGGAACAUUAAAUUGCUUCUAUCUGUUAACUAUUGUGAUACCAAGCAGUAGAGUAAACUCCAUUUAAACAUUUAGUUUGAAUCCAUCCAUUUCCUUUCAUGUUAAAUUGGCUCCUGGUUAAUUUUUAAUUACUGAAGAAUUUUAAAAAUUCAACAAAAUUUGACUUCACGUUAACAAGAAUAAUUUAUAUUAACUAGUUUUAUUCACAACUGCAUCACUUUGGAAACUUCCAAUGAAUAGUCCUUUCUCCUUCGUUUAAAAUGGCAACGAAUACCCAUAUACAUUUGACAUCAUAAUAUCCAAAUACUUAGUCUCAAAAACUUGACAACAUUGCCUUUUCUAUCACUGUACUCUUGCUUUCAUUACAACACCAGUUUUAGACUUUGACUUUGCAAAUUUGUGUUUUGAAAUCUUCAUGCAGAACUCAAUCAAAUGACUGAACUUUCUCCCUUUUGGGCGUCUUCCUCUUAAAUUUAGUUAUAUCUAGAAAUGGCUUCUAUAGGCAUGUUGUUUUUAUUCAUGUUAAUCUCUUUCAAAUUGAAUAAUUUCAAUAUCUUGAUAUGCAAUCUAAUUAUUACAAAAAUCAACUUCUCAAUCUUGUCUGUUAUUGAAUAGCUGUGGGGCUAUAGGACAUCUCUCCUCUUUAUUUCCAAUCAAAAGCAUGUAAUUCCUGUGGCACAAUUCCUAGUGACUUCCCAGUAUCACUCAAUUUACAGUGGUAAUCUCAAGAAUGGGUCAUAUGCAUUUGGAAGCAAUUUAACAUAAAUUUAUUGUGAGUGCCUUCCUCAGGAGGAUUAUUUAUUUGGUAACUGUUCUGGUGGUUAACAGAUCAAGGGCUUUCAGACUGAAAGCCAACAGUCAACUUUUGGAUUUUAGAAUUCACCUGUCCAGGCAAUAAUCUUUAAACACUAGAUUUAAUAAAGUUGACUUUGUAAAUAUUGUAUGGGUAUUUAUAAACAGUAAUUUUUUAAGUGCAUUUUCAAAUCUAAUAUAAUAUUUGUUCCCAAGUUUUCUAUUUUGUUAUUUAGAAAAAUAUUGAAUUGUGGUUGAAGGUGUUCAAUUCAGUAACUAAAAUCAUAAGGUGUGAAGGGGCCACUGCUGGAUUAUAUUAAUGUAUUGUAAAUGAAGUGGGACACUUCACUUUGUAACAUGUAGCUUGAU